CUGUCUGGAUCCAGAAGAAAGAGGAUGGAAGACGUUGACAGCAAAAUUUUGACCGACGUCUUAAACGUCCCAAAAGCGCUUCCACCUCACCAGGCUUGCCAAAUAUCGCUCCGUUCAUCCAGCAUCGAAGAAGGUAAAAAAGAGAAACUACCAGAAGACGGUGUGGGGGGGAAAAUUUGGAAGAGAGAAUGUCGUCGGACGAGGAGGAGGAGGCGGAGGAGUAUCUGUUCAAGGUGGUGAUAAUCGGGGACUCGGCGGUGGGGAAGUCGAACCUGCUGUCGAGGUACGCGCGGAACGAGUUCAAUCUCCACUCCAAGGCUACCAUCGGGGUGGAGUUCCAGACGCAGACCCUCGACAUCGAGGGCAAGGAGGUCAAGGCCCAGAUCUGGGACACCGCCGGCCAGGAGCGAUUCCGCGCCGUCACCUCCGCCUACUACCGCGGCGCCUUCGGUGCCCUCGUCGUCUAUGACAUCUCCCGCCGCUCCACCUUCGACUCCGUCCCCCGAUGGCUCCACGAGCUCGACACACAUUCAGACACAACCGUCGCAAGAAUGCUGGUCGGUAAUAAGUGUGAUUUGGCUAAUAUUAGGGAAGUGUCUGUUGAGGAAGGUAAAAGCCUUGCAGAAGCUGAAGGGCUGUUUUUUAUCGAGACUUCCGCCCUAGAUUCCACAAAUGUGAAGACCGCCUUUGAGAUUGUUAUCAAGGAGAUCUACAAUAAUGUCAGCAGAAAGGUCUUAAACUCAGAUUCCUACAAAGCAGAAUUAUCGCUCAACAGGGUGAGCAUUACUGGCAAUGGAACUGAUGAAUCAAAGCAAACAACCAGAAGGUUCUCUUGCUGUUAGUUUCACUUGUCGGUUUUCUGGGAGCCAAGGCUUUAUCAUGGUGGGCCACAAGAUUGGAUAGGCCAAAUUAGUUUUUGUUUGUUACAUAUCUGGAAGUGUAUUCAUGUCCCCUAAAUUAUAAAAUAAAAAAAUGUUGUUGUUAGAUAUGAUUCCUUGUGCUAUCUAGAAAAAACAUGCUACUGCCAUGGCUUGAUAAGGUAGUUAAUAUUUGUAAAUCUGCAUAGCAGGCCUGUGUUAUCUUCUUUU